UAAACCUUUCUUCACUUUAGAAAAUGGCUAUAACAUAUACGCAAUUCCUCAUGCUUCUGCUCAGUGCAUGCGCAGUCGGAACUACUGCAGCGACCGGCAGCUACCGCGACUGGGGCUCCAAUAGCCCUCACUACAAACGUAGCCAUAAGGAGAUCAUUGUGGGCGGCUCCGCAAACUGGUCCUUCGGCUUUAACUACUCUGAUUGGGCUUUCAAGAACAAUCCUUUCUUCCUAAAGGAUACUCUAGUGUUCAAGUAUGAUCGGCCAGUGGAGAACAAAACACGUCCUCAUAACGUGUGGUUGCUGCCGGACUUGCAGAGCUUGUCAACUUGUAACUUUAGCAAGGGAGUGAAGAUUGCAAAUGAGACGGAAGGAGCCGGUGAAGGGUUCAAGUUUGUGUUGAAGGAGUUCAAGCCUUACUAUUUUGCCUGUGGUAUUGGUGAUGGCAUCCAUUGUAAUAUCGGAAACAUGAGGUUCUUGGUGGUGCCUGCCAUUUCUGAUGAUUAGUUGAUUGAUCAUAACAAGUCCAGGGAAGAUGCAGUGUUAUCUACUAUAAUCAAGUGUUCUUGACAAUAAAAUUGUUUUCUUU